CCGGAAGGGUCGGGCCGGUGACUCCGCCUCUGGAGUGAUAACGCCUGGAGCGUAGAGCACGAGUUGAGGCACGCGGAUGGACCCGGGAGUCCACCAAGGAGUGGCAUGGAGGCGUUUUGGGGGAGCAUCAACGCUGAGCAGAGCUGGCUCGUCUCUUCCCAGCCAUCUGAAGAGGUGGCGGCGGCCGAGGAGUUGAGCCCGUUGCUAAGCAACGAACUUCACAGACAGGUAUCCCCAGGAGUUUCCUUUGGUUUCUCAGUCUUUAAUUUGAUGAAUGCCAUCAUGGGAAGUGGCAUCCUUGGCUUAGCUUAUGUUAUGGCUAAUACAGGUAUCCUUGGAUUUAGUUUAUUGCUGCUGAUGGUUGCUCUCCUGGGUUCUUACUCAGUUCAUCUCCUGCUUAGUAUGUGUAUUCAGACAGCUGUAACAUCUUAUGAAGAUCUUGGACUUUUUGCAUUUGGAUUACCCGGAAAGGUGGUUGUGGCAGGCACCAUAAUAAUUCAGAAUAUUGGAGCUAUGUCAUCUUAUCUUUUAAUUAUUAAAACAGAGCUUCCUGCUGCUAUUUCAGAAUUUUUGACCGGAGACUAUAGUGGGUCAUGGUAUCUGGAUGGACAAACACUACUAAUAAUUAUUUGUGUUGGCAUAGUGUUCCCUCUUGCUCUUCUUCCCAAAAUAGGCUUUCUUGGCUACACAAGUAGUUUAUCAUUUUUCUUUAUGGUGUUCUUUGCUCUUGUGAUAAUAAUUAAAAAAUGGGCCAUCCCUUGUCCUCUGACAUUAGAUCAUACAGAGGAAUUCUUCCAGAUUUCAAAUGCUACAGAUGAUUGUAAACCAAAGCUCUUUCAUUUCUCCAAAGAGAGUGCUUACGCUAUACCAACCAUGGCUUUUUCAUUUCUCUGCCAUACCUCAGUAUUGCCAAUAUACUGUGAACUUCAAAGCCCAUCAAAGAAAAGAAUGCAGAAUGUAACCAAUACAGCAAUUGCUUUAAGUUUUCUCAUUUACUUUAUAUCUGCCCUCUUUGGUUACCUCACUUUUUAUGACAAAGUGGAGUCAGAAUUACUACGAGGUUAUAGUAAAUACUUGCCACAUGAUGUUAUUGUCAUGACUGUGAAGUUAUGCAUACUAUUUGCUGUGCUUUUGACAGUCCCUCUAAUCCACUUCCCUGCCAGAAAAGCUUUAAUGAUGAUGUUUUUCUCCAAUUUUCCAUUCUCAUGGAUUCGCCAUUCUUUGAUUACUCUAGUACUCAAUAUCAUCAUUCUUUUACUUGCAAUAUAUGUUCCUGACAUUAGAAAUGUUUUUGGUGUAGUUGGGGCCAGUACAUCAACAUGUUUGAUUUUUGUAUUCCCAGGACUAUUUUAUCUUAAACUCAGUAGAGAGGAUUUUCUUUCAUGGAAAAAGCUUGGGGCUUUUGUUUUGCUCAUCUCUGGAAUUUUGCUUGGGAAUUUUAGUUUAGCAUUCAUCGUGUUUGAUUGGAUUAAAAAAUGAAAGAAUAUUUUCCUACUUAUAAAGAAUAAUUUUCCUACAUAAGCAAGAAGGAAUAAUUCUGGAAGCCACUUCAAUGAAAAAAUACAUUUUUAUGAAAAUCAUUAACAGAA